AUAUCUUUAUUUUUAUUUUUUUUUGUUUUGCUCCGGUGACUUUUGCGAAUGAAGGAUAUACUCCGACCUAAGUGUGGAUUUUAAAAAUUAACGAAAGGGGGGCGAGGACGGCAGUGGAGACAAAGGUAAAGGAGAAGUGAGAGCUUCGAUGCCGGGUGACUGAGCGCCUCGCAGCCGCGAACGGUACUUUGUCCGGGGCCGUCCCGUGCCACCCGUGGAAGGGCUGGUGACUGGUGGUGAUUUGCUGCACUCGGAUUACUUGAGGAAAAACACAGGAAAGCAACGGGUUCCCUCGUGUGAAGGACAGAUAUGUAUCCGCAAGGCCGGCAUCCGGCGCCUCACCAGCCAGGGCAGCCUGGUUUCAAGUUCACCGUGGCAGAGUCUUGUGACAGAAUCAAAGACGAAUUUCAGUUCUUGCAGGCUCAGUAUCACAGUCUUAAAGUGGAAUACGACAAAUUGGCCAACGAAAAGACCGAAAUGCAGCGGCACUAUGUCAUGUACUACGAGAUGUCCUACGGGCUCAAUAUUGAGAUGCACAAACAGACUGAGAUUGCGAAACGUCUCAAUGCAAUCCUGGCUCAGAUAAUGCCAUUCUUGUCUCAAGAGCACCAACAGCAGGUUGCUCAAGCUGUUGAGCGAGCUAAACAGGUGACGAUGACCGAGCUGAAUGCUAUCAUCGGGGUACGUGGACUUCCCAAUCUGCCUCUCACUAAGCAGCAGCCGCCUCACUGUUUCUAUCCAACCUUCAUGCAGCAGCAGCUACAGGCCCAACACCUCUCCCACGCGGCGCACGGGCCACCUGUGCAGCUACCCCCGCACCCAUCAGGUUUACAGCCACCCGGCAUCCCCCCUGUGACGGGUGCUGGCUCUGGUCUGCUUGCGCUUGGUGCUCUUGGCAGCCAGGCGCACCUGCCCGUAAAGGAUGAGAAGAACCAUCACGACCUGGAGCACAGAGGCCCCUCAUCGUUUCAUUCGCCUCUGGCUCUUCCUCUGAAAGAACGAGAGUCGAGCACGAAUAAUUCUGUGUCGCCAUCAGACAGCCUGCGGGCAGCAAGUGAAAAGCACCGCGGCUCGUCAGAUUAUGGCCUUGACCCCAAGAAACGUAAAGUGGACGACAAGGACAGCAUGAACAGAUAUGAUAGUGACGGAGACAAGAGCGAUGACUUAGUGGUGGAUGUUUCCAACGAGGAUCCAGCCACCCCUCGCGUGAGCCCUGCUCACUCUCCUCCAGAGAAUGGCCUGGAUAAAUCACGGGUUCUGAAGAAAGACGCUGCGCCCAAUAGCCCCGCCUCAGUGGCGUCCUCAGGAAGCACGCCAUCUUCCAAAGCAAAGGACCACGCCCAUAUGGCAAAUGAUAAGUCAUCGACACCAAGCCUGAAGUCCAACACACCUACGCCCAGAAACGAGGUCCCCACACCAGGAACAAGCACCACUCCUGGGUUGAGGCCUCUGACUAUGGGCAAACCGCCUGGCAUGGAGGCGUUAGCGGCCCCUGCCCUUCGCACCCCGCUGUCAAUUGCGGGUUCCUACGCCACCCCCUUUGCCAUGAUGGGCCAUCAUGAGAUGAAUGGAUCCCUGACCAGCCCGAGUGUCUAUCCUGGUCUGAUUUCACCUCAGAUGAGUGCAGCGGCCGCUGCCGCUGCUGCUUACGGACGCUCACCAAUUGCGGGGUUUGACCCUCAUCCCCACAUGAGAGCGCCAGGCCUGCCAACCAGCCUGCCUUCCAUUUCGGGAGGAAAACCGGCAUAUUCUUUUCAUGUGAGUGCGGAUGGUCAGAUGCAGCCUGUGCCCUUCCCCCCAGACGCAUUGAUAGGCCCGGGCAUCCCGCGGCACGCUCGUCAGAUCAACACGCUGAGCCACGGGGAAGUUGUGUGCGCUGUCACCAUCAGCAACCCCACUCGUCACGUCUACACAGGUGGCAAGGGCUGCGUGAAGAUCUGGGACAUCAGCCAACCGGGCAGCAAGAGCCCCGUGUCCCAACUUGACUGUCUGAACAGGGACAAUUACAUCCGCUCCUGCAAGCUGUUGCCCGAUGGCCGCACCCUGAUCGUGGGUGGUGAGGCCAGCACACUGACCAUCUGGGACCUGGCGUCGCAGACGCCACGCAUCAAGGCGGAGCUUACCUCUUCUGCCCCAGCCUGCUACGCGCUUGCCAUCAGCCCCGACGCAAAGGUCUGCUUUUCCUGCUGCUCGGAUGGUAACAUCGCUGUGUGGGACCUCCAUAAUCAGACCCUUGUCAGGCAGUUCCAGGGCCACACGGAUGGAGCCAGCUGUAUCGACAUCUCGCAUGAUGGGACCAAGCUCUGGACCGGAGGCCUUGACAACACAGUCCGCUCCUGGGAUUUGAGAGAAGGGCGGCAGCUUCAGCAGCAUGACUUUACCUCACAAAUCUUCUCUUUAGGCUACUGUCCCACUGGAGAAUGGCUGGCUGUGGGCAUGGAGAGCAGCAAUGUGGAGGUGUUGCACCACACAAAGCCUGACAAGUACCAGCUGCAUCUGCACGAAAGCUGUGUCCUCUCGCUCAAGUUCGCCUACUGUGGUAAAUGGUUUGUAAGCACGGGGAAGGACAAUCUGCUGAAUGCCUGGAGGACUCCCUAUGGCGCCAGCAUAUUCCAGUCCAAGGAGUCGUCGUCGGUCCUAAGCUGUGACAUCUCAGCGGACGACAAAUACAUCGUAACGGGUUCUGGUGACAAGAAGGCCACGGUCUAUGAGGUCAUCUACUAGAGACACUCUCACUUUACUUUAGCACUUCUACUGAGACUACUCUUGUCGCUGACCCUGCCAUCGAUCUGAAAAGUGGACCACAAGACUUUUAUCCACCCCUGACGACAUCCGCUACAGGGAAACUGAUUUUGACAGCGUGCGCCCUUUUGUCGGAGGGUUUCACAUUUUUGUGUCUUAUUUUCUUUUGAAUUUCUUAUUUUUCAGCUAUUUGAGCAAAACCCACUGAAGCAGAGCUUCAGCCCUGAGAACCAUGGUCCACAAAUGUCUUGUGAAAAGUGUACAUAUUGGAUUAAAUACAAAUACAUUUUAUAUAUAUAUAUAUUAUAAAACUUAUAUAUAUUUUCAUGUCCUGGAUGUACUUGUGGUAUGGUUUUGGCCCUCACCGUCUUACUUCAUACGUGAGCGCAAAUCAUAGAUUAGAACUUUUGAACCGUAACUCACCUUUUUUGUUUCCUUGAAGCACAUUCUGUGGGUUGACCUUUUCAACAAGAUGCAGAGAAGCAGGACACCGUAAACUAGGACGUUGCGAAACAUUUGAAUGGCCUUUGUGCUCAGUGCUCUUGUGAGAUAAUGUCAUCUGAUCUACAUUGUGGAACCACUGACUCAGUUGGGCCACGGUAGGACCCAGCGAGAAAUGGAUCCAAAAAAAAAAGAAAAGAGACUGAGGGAGUUCAAUGUAUAGCCUAACCCUUGGACCUCAGUUGGCAGCAGAAGCACUGCAGCAGCCAUGAACUUAAUGACAAUGUGCUUUUAGCUAACUCCACGUAACAAGGGGUGCAGAAUUGCACCAUUGCUUUCUUAACUUUUGGCUAAUGUGAAAAAGUUAAUUCGAAGCCAUUGGAAUCAGAAUGCCUCUUUUCUUUCGUCAAAUCUCAUCAAUAUUGCUCGAAUGUGUUUGGUCUGUCAUGCCUGGGAGGUCAUGGUCGUCGCUACCUUUCAAUCCUUGAGGAAAUGAUCAGUGCCUGUCCUUGAAGCUGCGGGAGGCAAAAAUACGUGAAAGACUAAAUCAAGUGUUGUUUAUGUUGCCAUGAACACUUAAGUGAAUCAGUCUGGUUUUUACACUGUGCUUCUGACAAUGUCGGCCUUUCCUACAGAAAACAAAAGGGGUGGGGGGGGGGAGUGUGGGGGCAUUGCACUUCCCACGGCAUCACACCAAAGUAUGUAGCAAAGCUGUCAGCACUGGGAAGAAAUGUAUAGUUGUUAAUAAAUCAAUAAAACUUUUUUAUA